ACGCAUGACGAAAUUCCAUUGCCACACCACAGGCUAGAACUUUCUCAGCCAAAGCCCGUCAUAGGUCUUUGGUACGUUUUCAGCUAACUCAGCAAAACUCUGCAGUUCAGUUUUGCUGAUUCGCGUCCUUCGUCCAACGCGCGCAGUUCACUGCGGUGACCGUGGCCAGAACGACAACAUCGGCUAGGGCUGAAGAAGUUCAGCUGGCCGUAAAAAGGUUACUCGGGUGGCUCGGGAAACCCUCCAGCGGUCAGUUGUUGGCGAUAGUUGAGCUGAACAGGACGCGAAUCAAGAUGUUGGUGCUGGUGUCGGUUCUGGUGACCGUUUUAAGUGUCUCUAGUGGUGAAGCAACCGUGGUUGAAGUUACGAUCAACACGAAGAAUGUCGUGAACUACAUCGACAAAGAGUUUGUGUCGUUUUUGGCCGAGCCGAAAGCAGUGUUUGCCGAUUCGAUCAAUCCGGUGAAUGAGAAGAGCUUUCAGAUGACUCGCAGUUUGGGACCGAUGUACAUGAAGGUGUACUGUGACUCGAGUCAGCUGGAGCUGCAGAUUGAUGGGGUUGGUGGUGCGGAUGAUCCGAGGCUGGUGCAGAUAACGCCAAAGGGUUGGCGGGCGUUCAACGAGUGGGUCAAGCAGGCAGGAGUGGUACCGAUCUUUGUGAUCGACUACGAGGUUAACGGUAGUUGGAAGCCGAAGUCCGCGCUUCGAAUGUUGACGGUAGCGAACAAGCUGGGAAUACGAAACUGUCUGUGGCAGCUGGGAAGUGGGAACAUAACCGAUGCGGUGCAGUACGUUGAAGAUCUUCGAGCGUUCAAAGCGAUCGUGAAGGCGCUCAACUUCAGAGGGAUCGUCGCUUGCGAUGUAAAUCCGGCGUACGCCGGUGUGGAGCAAGCUCGCUACUUCAACUACCACGUAGAUGACAUCGCCAACGCAAUUGCCGUCAACUAUGAACCGAUCGAAGGGACGUCUCUACUGCAGCAGUUUGUAGUGCAGCGUGAAUCGUCAAGUCUUCCAGUUUGGUUGGAUAUCAAGCUUCCGGAAAGGCUACCAACUAUAGGUUGCGAUCAAAUGUGUCUGUUGGAAGGUCUACGCUAUGCUACCCUUUUAGGAGACGGCGCUCGCAACGGAUUCAGCGCGGUCUUCAAAUCAUUAUCACGUCAGGAGAUCCAGUCGUACAGCUUCAACUACCUUGUCGCCCUGUUACAUCGAGCAUCCGUGGGAACGAAGGUGCUCGAUGCCACCCAGAAUACUCCAGAAAGUGUUCAGCUGCAUGCGUAUUGCAGCUCCAAUGGUAACGGCUCACUAACUUUGCUUGCGAUCAACCAUCGCCCGGAAGACGUCGAGUUGGAGAUCAAGCUCGCCAGCAAGCAACAUACAGUGGAAGUUCACCACUUCAUCGCAACCGUUCGAAACGGGCAAAUCCUGCUCAACGAUCAGCCGCACGACUUCAGCAAACCACUUCAACCGUUCGCUAAAAUUCAUCCCCUACUCAAGGGACUGCACCUCACCAUGCCAGCAUUCUCUGUCGGCUUCUGGGUCAUCCCGAGCUACAACGCUCGUGACUGCUACGACGACUACCAGGAUCUGCGCGCGGGACUCGUCAAAACGGACCACGAGAGCUCCGUCCAUCAACUGCUUCAGGAACUGAUUGCCGAACGAUCACAGCAAGAUGUUACUCAGCUAAGUCGGAGGAAGCGCUCGGUCGGCGAUGAGCUUGCCGACGUUUUAGAGGACAACCUGCUGAAAUCCAGACGCACUCGACAAACCAAGAACUACCGUCGCCAACAGCGUGUCGUGCGGCAGAAGGAGAAGCGGACCGAGCGACGAAAUCUGCACAAGCAGAAGCGUCCCCUUCGGGAACGUGGCAAGCGUCAACUGCGCAGGAAGAACCUGAACCGACUGGGAGCACUUUUCACCAGUCGAAAGACGAAGCGAUCGUUCGCCGCGGAAGCCGUCGAUCAUCCACCGAUGUUUGGAAACAGUCGCGAAGAAGAAAACAACCGGUCGAGCUUCCCGCAGGGUGAUGUCCACCUGCUGAUCUCGAAGGGACCCGAAGAGGAGAGCUUCCUGUCGAUCGAGGAAGCACCGGUAAAGCAGGAACGACCGAAAAAGUCUCGCAAGAGGAAGACAUCGGCCCCGAGGACACCUUCCCAGAAGGACUUGCGGUUUGUCGUGCCGGAGAUGUUGAUGUUCAAGGACUCGAGAGCACCAACGAAGCGGCUCUCUGCCGAGCUGGAAGCAUCGGCGUCGAUGAAUUCCGAUCGAUACCUGCCACUCGAAGGAGCUGCAUCGAAAAAACUAAAAAUUGAUCGUGAGCUGAUUGAGGUUAGAAACAUCAAAGUAAAAGAGGGUGGUCCGGUAACUGUUCGGGAAGAAGGAUUGACCAGCCCUGCCUCUGAACCGGACAUCAUUGAUCCGGAAAGCUUCUACCACGAACCGCAAACGGAAUCGCCUAAAAAACGGACCUCUAUAGUAAAGGCCGAGGUCGAGCCGAUUCUGGACAGUGUGGAGCUGGUGGAGGAUGAGGUGGAUCUCUUUACGGAUCAUCCGGAGCUUAAUCUCUCGAUGAUGGGUGACGAAGAGUCGGAAGAGCAUGCUCACGUCGAAGAACUGACCCGAAGGAAGCGCUCGAUCGACAACGAUUCAGGAGAGCUUGAUCGCAUCGAGGCGUUCUUCAUGAACAACACUCAGUUGCAGGAAAAAUUCGCCGAAAUGUUCGACAUGUUGCUGGAAUCGUUCAACUGUUGUGGGGAUUCCGAAGCGGAAAACACUGCGCGAGAGGAGCUGGAAACGACAACCGAAGCGGACCAGUUGCAGAAGCUAGAGAGGCGUAAACGGAACGUUCUGUUGCAUCACUCGCAGUCUUGGGAGUCCCGGGAGCGGUCGAACAUCCUCCGCCAGCAGCGAACUUCCGGCGAGUCGCAGGAGAACAUGGUUCCGACGGAACCGCUGACUACGCUGAAGAGGACGCGGUUCGAUGAUGUCGAAACAGUUGAUGACAAGGGUAGGCCUGGCGUUGUGAUGCUACGAUCGGUGACGAACUUUAUCAAGGGAAUGUCCACGGAGUUUCACCGGGUGUUUUCUCAUUGGUUUCCAAAGACGGCGAAGGAGUAGUGAUUACGGUUAAGUGAUUAGGGGUUAAUAAAGAAAUGUAAUGGAAGCUGAAUAUAGUUUUCUUCCGAA